GAGGUGCCCGCCGGUUGCGGCGGAGCCGCCGGAACGGGGGCGCCCGCCGCGCUCGCCCUCGGCCGCCACGCCUCCGGGGCCCCCGGACCGGGCCGCCAGAUGUGACCUCCGGGCCCCCGAGUCACCUCGUACCACCUUAGCCCCUCCCGGCCCUGCACAGCCGCGUGUCUGCCGCGCCGUCCGCUUGCUGCUCAGCCUCGUGUCUUCCAGCCUCGGGAUCAGAUUAGCUCUCUUGCCUUCCAUCCCUCGUUAAAGGUUUGGCUUUGAGGCCGGUGGGGGUGACCGGAAAAGUGCUGUUAACAAUUGCAGAUAGAAGAUGAUGGUGGUAAAAUCGUCCAGUGCUGGGCAUGAUCUGUAUGUGUUGUCGAUGUCCUCCAAACUGAACACACGGAGAACCCAAGUUCACCUACACGUGGGAUGCCGUAGGACGAAUUUUCCCAAACUGUUGGCCAGUUCUCGUGAGAGCUGCGUUAAGAUUUCCAUCCCAGUCCCCCUGGCGCUUUGAACGUACAGGCACAUUAGUGGUGAAUGAUGGCGCUCAAGGUCUUUAACUGCACCAGUAUGCAUGAGCGAGUGAACCGAACAGAAAGACAAUUUCGAUCACUUCCAGAUAACCAACAGAAACUACUUCCUCAGUUUCUUCUUCACUUGGACAAGAUUCGGAAAUGCAUUGAUCAUAAUCAAGAAAUACUACUGACCAUUGUGAAUGAUUGCAUACAUAUGUUUGAAAAUAAAGAAUAUGGAGAAGAUGGGAAUGGAAAGAUUAUGCCAGCGUCUACGUUUGACAUGGAUAAAUUAAAAUCCACACUGAAACAGUUUGUGAGAGACUGGAGUGAAACUGGGAAAGCAGAAAGGGAAGCCUGCUACCAGCCAAUCAUUAAAGAAAUUUUAAAAAAUUUUCCAAAAGAGAGAUGGGAUCCUUCUAAAGUAAAUAUUCUGGUACCUGGUGCUGGACUAGGAAGACUGGCCUGGGAAAUAGCUAUGCUAGGUUAUGCUUGUCAAGGAAAUGAAUGGAGUUUUUUUAUGCUCUUUUCUUCCAACUUUGUACUCAACAGAUGUUCUGAAAUUAAUAAAUACAAGCUUUAUCCUUGGAUUCAUCAGUUUAGCAAUAACCGGAGGUCAGCAGAUCAGAUUCGACCCAUCUUUUUCCCUGAUGUUGAUCCCCACAGUCUUCCCCCUGGUUCCAACUUUUCGAUGACAGCCGGAGAUUUUCAGGAGAUAUACUCAGAAUGCAAUACCUGGGACUGCAUUGCUACCUGUUUCUUCAUAGACACAGCUCACAAUGUAAUUGAUUACAUUGACACAAUAUGGAAAAUACUCAAGCCAGGUGGAAUUUGGAUCAAUCUAGGUCCUCUGCUGUACCACUUUGAAAAUUUGGCAAAUGAACUUUCCAUAGAAUUGAGCUAUGAAGAUAUAAAAAACGUUGUUCUACAAUAUGGAUUCCAGGUGGAGGUGGAAAAAGAAUCUGUCUUGUCAACAUAUACUGUGAAUGAUCUCUCCAUGAUGAAAUACUACUAUGAAUGUGUCUUGUUUGUGGUCCGUAAACCACAGUAACGUUCUCAAGUGGUAUCGGCAGGAAAAAAAGCUUAAUAAGAGCAAAUGCUGAAAUAAACAACUCGAAAUCAACUAUCCCAAUGACAGGACACAACCUCAAAUCAGUGGUGCCUUCUUAUUCCUAACAAAAUUUAGAAAUAGCAUCUAUUUUCUUAAUACGUCUAUCGCUUUUUCAGAAAUAUACUAUGCUGUGCAUAUUUGUACUACAAAAGUAAAAAAGGAGGAAAUGUCUUCAAGUAUACUUUUUCCUUGAAGCCCAGAAUUGUCUUUCAGUAGAAAAAACUCUAUCUCCAGUGGUCUUCAUGAAGCUUUCUAUUGCCAAGUCCACCAUGUUCAUGACUACUAGUAUUGAAGUCCCCCCAAAUCUUUCUGUUCUGUGUGCACUGCACAGGUUAUUUUUAGAAGAGUCUGAGGAUCCUCUGCCACAUUCAGCACCUGGAAUUGGGACUUUUGUUCACUUUGGACCUAAGCAGUCCCUACAUAAAAUGUGUACCCUUUUAUCAUUCAGAUUAUUUUUUUGCUAGCUCAGCUGAAUUGAGAGAAGCAACAAACGUUUUGUUUUUAUGAAACGUUAAAUUUAAUAAGAUCACAGGCUGGUAAAAUGCAUUCAGGUAACUGAGAAAUGGAUCUUUUGGGCACACUAAACUGAACGUUAUUUGAAAGCAUACUUAUCAUGAAUCACUCUGAAAUGUAGAAGAUCUCAGCACUCUUAAGCGAGGCACAAAAGCCUUUAUUAAAGGUACUGCUAGGAAAAUGGGGAAAUAAGAAUAAAAUCUGCCCGUUUGAAAUGUACGAUUUUAAACUAGAAGUGAAUACAGUCUGUCAGUGAGAUGUUUACAAUAAUGUCUUUUCUUUAAAUUACCUGGAUUACAAAAGCAAGCACUUUUUUUUUGUUAAAAAAUUAGAUACUAGUAAAACUGUCAUGAUGGUAUUACCGUGGGAAAUUUUGAAUAUAAAAUUCAGGGAUAAAUUACUGCCCGUGGUCUGUGUCUUCAGUAUUGUAAGCAGCAGCUGUUAAUGUAAUUUCAGAUUAACACCAAUUUUGUUCCCUGAUAGCUGGAGUUAAAAGAACUGCUUAAAAGAUAUGCUGCUUUAAAUCUCUACCUCUAGCAGAAUCUUUAUUGGAGAGAGUUUUCCUUUGUAUUUUUUUAUGUUUAUUGUUUUGUUUCCAGUAGCUUGGAAAGCAGAAAUGACUAAUGUUUUAACCUUUUCUUGGGGAAAGGAAGUACUCUUGAAUACUUUCACAGGUGGUUAUGAUGGCAUUAAAUAACCUCCGUGGCAAUUUGAAUUAGAUAGAUUUAAUCUCAAUAAUGUGCUGUUGGAUUCAUGUCAUGUUUUAAUCGGAAAACCUUGUGAAUCUUUAUAGACUUUUUUUGUUAGUGGGGCUGGGAGAGUCUACACAGUCUGGUGUCAUAACUGGUAUGAGCUGAUCUGGGUGCAGUAAGGGGGCUCUUGUGGAAAGGGCUCCAGGAAGGCUAUGUGACUUGCUAAAUUAUAGAAGCCUGUAGCCUGUUGUGUUUAAAAAACACAA